AUGUAUUGCUUACAAUGGCUGUUGCCUCUUCUUCUCAUUCCACGCCCAGCGAACUUGUUUUUACUGCACAACCAUUCGAUGUUUAUGACAUUGUAUUUGGCGAGUUUCUUUCUUGAAAGACGCCCUUGUACGAUCUGUACCAUCGUUUUCAUCGUUGCUGUGAUUCUCAUAUGCUACAGUGGAAUUGGAAACUGCCUGUUUUUGCUGGAGUGUAGCACGUAGCAGGAACUAAAAGAUUUCGUCAUUCGAUUGCGAGUCUACUACUUGUAGCGUGUUACCUGUAAACGUAAGCUGGAUCACAAGAUCGAUCACCGACGUUUCUUCUCGGUCAUGUUCCUUUAUGCAGACUUCAUAGGUGAUAAAACGGCAGGAAUUUGUCACUUUACAAUCGAGGUGAUAUUGAUACUUCCGUGUGGAGAAGAAUGUUUCGAAUCAAGCAUAUAAUUCCCGGCAUGGCCUGCUGUUGUAGUCAUCCGUACAUUCAUUGA